UAAGUUUUAAAAGAAAAGAAAAUUUGUUUCAAAGCGAUUAUUUGUAAUGAAAUUAGGCAAUAAUUUGAAAAAGGGUUCAUUAUAAAAAUUAUUAUUAGAUAGGCAAAAAGCAGAAUUAUUUUGAUAUAAAUUCCAGUUGCAUAUUUUAAAAGAGAUCUAAAACUUCAUCGCUUUACUAAAUCACAGUAGAAAACAUCAGAGUUAUAUUCGAAAUUACGUAAAAAAUGCCAAAGUUCAACGAUAAUCCUUUUGAGGAUCCUGCAAUUGAUAACCCAUUUGCUGAUCCAGUUAUACAAAAUGCUACUAGAAAUUCAAACACUAUACAAAAUUCAAUCGAAGACUACAAUCCAUUUGAGCAUGAUCAAUUCGUCCAACAAAAGACUAAUAAUACCAAUAAUUCUAUAGCAACUAUGCCAACAACUACAUACAACACUUCUUCACAGCAACCACCACCAACCACCAAAGAGCAACAAAAAUUUGGUAACACGCCUAUAUCAACCGAAGAACUACAGCGUCGUCAAGAAGAAUUAGAUCGAAAAGCUGCUGAAUUAGAUCGACGUGAACAGCAGUUGCAAGGUCGAGAAGGGAUGCAACAAUUAAAUAACUGGCCCCCUCUGCCAGCAAAAUGUUGUUUUAAGCCAUGUUUUUAUCAAGAUAUCAAUGUUGAAAUACCAUCGGAAUUUCAACAAGUAGUCAGAAGAUUAUAUUAUGCUUGGAUGUUCUAUGCACUUGCAAUGUUUCUCAAUAUUAUUGGCGGUUUGUUAAUUUUGUUUAGAGACAAAACUAUUUCAACAUUUCUUUUAUCAAUAUUUUACUGUUUUUUAUUUACACCUGCUUCAUACUUAUGUUGGUUUCGGCCUGUUUACAAAGCUUUCAAAAGUGAUUCAAGUUUUAACUUCAUGGUAUUCUUUUUUGUAUAUUUUUUUCAAACAAUUAUUACAAUUUUCCAAACAAUCGGGAUUCCGUCUCUAGGAUAUUGUGGUUACAUUUUGGCGUUUGAGCAAAUGAAUAACGGCGACGCUUUUGGAAUAUUUGUUGGAAUUAUAUUGCUCUUAAUUGCUAUAUGUUUUACAAUAUGUUCUGUACUAAAUGUUAUGUUGAUUACAAAAGUACAUGCAAUAUACCGAAGUAGUGGAGCGAGUAUGGCGAAAGCACAAGCAGAAUUUACGAACAAUUUCAUGUCAAACAGGCAUGUUCAGCAGGCUGCUUCUUCUGCAAUGUCAUCAGCCAUGAAUUCACAGUUUAAUAACCGAUAUUAAUUAUAUAAUACGAAAUAUGCUUUUUGAUUAUAAUUUAAUAUAUAUUUUUUGCAUAAAUGUAUCUACAUACUAAAUAUAUUGACGUUAAUUCAUUAAAAUCGUGUUGAUGGUGGUUAUUGUAUGAUUCCUACAAGAAAAAACGUAAAGUGUAAAUUCAGAAAAUGUUAUGCCUAUUUCAAAAUAAAACAAAACAUUUAACUGCUAA